AUGGCAAUUAAUCCCCAAAACUUUGACAAGUCUGACCAGAUGAAAUGGAGCUCAGAUGACCAGGGCUCAAGCCAAGUUAGGUCAUAUACCUGUACUUUUUGCGACAGAGGCUUUUCAAAUGCACAAGCACUAGGGGGUCACAUGAACAUCCAUAGAAAAGAGAGAGCCAAGCUUAAACAAGCUGCCGAUGAAAACUCUCCCCCUUUGGAUAUCGCCAUAAACCCCACUGAUCGUGAGCCUCAAUCUUUGGAGGAGAAAUUUUUAUUUCAACUUGAUUCUAGUGAAGAAAAUAGUUGCACUCCAAAAAGGCCAGAUGAUACUCGGGGCAAAGUUGGUGUCGAAGAACUUCAGCAGCUUUCCUUGUUUGUUGAGACACCUUCGGCCGGAGAUGAUAAAAUGGCAAUUGAUUGUGAUGGCUGCAAUGAAAAGAAAGGGAUGCAAUUGAGUCAUGCUUUGCCACAGACUGCAGAAGUGGACCUUGAGCUUCGAUUAGGGUCUGAGCCUCAAGGAACAUCGACAGCAAUCAGUACAAGAGAAUUCUUUUAA